GACCCAGAGUGGAAGCGCCGCAACAGGCGCAUCCAGCGGCCAGAGCGGUGGGGCGACGACUCCGCAGGAAGACGCAGGAUGACAAGACUCGCUUCCACGUCGUGCCGGAGGAUCCGGCGCAUUUCGUGGACGUGGAAAUGCGUGCCAAUGACAGCCUUCUGGCUGUCGAGCUCUUGCACUCGUCGUGCUUUUGCAUUCGAGUUUCAAAGCCAUGUUCUGAUUUAGGCGAACUCAUUCCCAGGAUAUCGAGUUGGGCUGCUUGCGACUGUAACGCCGAGAUGUGCGAUGCCACAGCUGUGCGAAGGCACCGUGCCCGAGGCGAUUCUGGCGGCUCGGCCAGGUGCGCUCAGGAGACAAUGGAGGAGGCUGCGAGAGCAGCAUCUCAAAUCGAGAUGAAGUGCGAAUGCGAGCUUCCGAACGAAUUCCUCUACACUUUUGCCGGCAACCUCAAGGCCAGCAGCGAAGGCGUCGAGCAGAACGUCUCUUUGGACGAGCAGCAUAUGGUACUGAGGGGGUGCAAGAUCAAGAACAUUGCCUGGUCUCUUGGCGUGGUGGUCUACAGCGGCAGCGAGACCAAGAUCAUGAUGAACAGCAAGAACCAGAAGGGCCGCAAGCUCUCGCACCUAGAGCGAGAUGUGGGCAGGUUGACCCUCCUGGUCUUUGGCAUUCAGAAUUUGCUCUGCCUCAUCGCCGCCAUUGCCAGUGCUAUCUUCGAGACUUCCGAGGACAACCUCAAGAAGAUGUACCUGAAUCUCACCGACGAGAACGGCAACGCGCAGUCCGCCUUCUUAGUCUUGCUGAUUCGAUUCUUCAACUUCAUCAUCUUGUUUUCCAACUUCAUCCCGAUCUCGCUGUUGGUGUCCAUGAGCUUGGCGAAGUUGGCACAGGUGUUCUUCCUCUACGCCGAUCAGGACAUGAUCCAUCAGGGGAUCCACUGCAUGCCUCGCACAUCGGACCUGAACGAAGAGUUGGGCCAGGUCGAGUAUGUGUUUUCUGACAAGACGGGUACCCUGACGUGCAACGUCAUGGACUUCCGGAAGUUUUGCGUCAAGGGCAUCACCUACGGUCAGGGCAUGACCGAGAUCAAGAGACAAGUGAUGAUGAAGAUGGGCAAAACCGUCGAG